AGGCUGGGGCUGAGUUUGACUGCCUCACAGAGCAGUGGUGAGCUGUGACUCCCAGGUGUCCUGCACCUGCCUGCUGAUGCUGCUCCCCUUCUGGUGAACCCCUCUUCCUCAGCUGAGGCUCAUGCUGGUUCUUCAAGUCCUGAUAUGUUCACCUGUCACUGCUUCUGUGGCCACAGUGACUCAUGAAGCGCUUUGGAAGUCUGAGGGGCAACAAGAAACCCAAGGACCCAAACCGAAGCACCCAGCGACGCCAGUCGGAACCCCACGGUCUUUUUGCCUCCAGCGUCUCCUCUUCUCCGUCAACACCCACCCAAGUGACCAAGCCGCACCCAUUUCCCCUGGAGUCAUACAAGCAGGAGCCUGAACGCCUGGAAAACCGCAUCUGUGCUUCUUCAUCCCCACCGGACACCGGCCAGCGCUUCUGCCUGGCCUUUCAGAGUCCAGUGCGCCAGCCACUGGCGUCCCCCACAUACCAUGCUCCUCUAAGAACCGCGGCGCUGGCGGCGGACCCGGGACCCGCGGAAGCCGGCAUGCUGGAGAAGCUGGAGUUCCAGGAGGAAGCAGAAGACUCAGAAAGUGGCGUUUAUAUGCGAUUCAUGAGGUCACAUAAGUGUUAUGACAUCGUUCCAACCAGUUCAAAGCUUGUUGUCUUCGACACUACAUUGCAAGUUAAAAAGGCCUUCUUUGCCUUAGUAGCCAACGGAGUCCGCGCAGCGCCUCUGUGGGAAAGUAAAAAGCAGAGCUUUGUAGGGAUGCUCACUAUUACAGACUUCAUAAAUAUACUACACAGAUACUAUAAAUCACCUAUGGUACAGAUUUAUGAAUUAGAGGAACAUAAGAUUGAAACGUGGAGGGAGUUAUACUUACAAGAAACCUUCAAGCCUUUGGUGAAUAUCUCUCCAGAUGCCAGCCUCUUCGAUGCUGUAUACUCGUUGAUCAAAAAUAAAAUCCACAGAUUGCCAGUUAUUGACCCUAUCAGUGGGAAUGCACUUUAUAUACUUACCCACAAAAGAAUCCUCAAGUUCCUCCAGCUUUUUAUGUCUGAUAUGCCAAAGCCUGCCUUCAUGAAGCAGAACCUGGAUGAACUUGGAAUAGGAACGUACCACAAUAUUGCCUUCAUUCACCCAGACACUCCUAUCAUCAAAGCCUUGAACAUCUUUGUGGAGAGACGGAUAUCAGCACUGCCUGUGGUGGAUGAGUCAGGAAAAGUUGUAGAUAUUUAUUCCAAGUUUGAUGUAAUUAACCUUGCUGCUGAGAAAACAUAUAAUAACCUAGACAUCACGGUGACCCAGGCCCUGCAGCACCGCUCCCAGUACUUUGAGGGCGUGGUGAAGUGCAAUAAGCUGGAAACACUGGAGACCAUCGUGGACAGAAUAGUAAGAGCCGAGGUCCAUCGGCUGGUGGUAGUGAAUGAAGCAGAUAGUAUUGUGGGUAUUAUCUCCCUGUCAGACAUCCUGCAAGCCCUGAUCCUCACACCAGCAGGUGCCAAACAGAAGGAGACAGAGGCCGAAUGACCACCGUGAAUGUAGACACCCUCACAGGAGAACUUGAACAAAGUCUCGGGGUCACGUUUUGCCUCAUGAACACUGGCUGCAAUAGAAGAAAAUAAAAUGGCUAAGAAUGUAUAUCAGGGUUUGGCGAUGGGUAUUUUUCCAGUGAUUUGUAAGCAUAGGAAAAGAUUUUAUGUGCUUGAAGAUUCAGGCUUACAUUCAAAGACUGUCCUCAGACCCCCGUCCGAGGGAUUUUCCAUGCUGUAUGUCAUUAAAGUGCACUGUGUCCUGAAAUUAGUACUACUUUUCAUUUCAAAGAAGUCACUGGGAUGGAACGGGUGACCGAAAGUGAGUGAACGGCACGUCCAGAUCACGGUGCCUUAUGUCCAAACAUGCAAUAUGUCACCGCCGCUGCCGCACGCCCCAAAGUGCUGCUGAAGAGACAGCCAGCCCGAAUGUGAACAUCUUCAAACCUUUUACCCAAUCUCUCUCUUUUCAUUUGAUUUGUCGAAAAGUUGUAAUUUGAACGUAGGCAACUGAAAACUUCAGGAGACGGUUCCGAGUGCUGUGUGCCCCGCUCUGGCUGCUGUGUCAGCGAGGCUGGCCUGGCGACAACAGUUUAUUUAUUUUCACUCUCAUGAAGUUUUUUACACAUCUUCUGGUGAAUGGAUUCACCAAACCUAUGAAUAAAAUCUUGGUUGUUCUCUUAA